UUCUUUAUAUUGUCAUUAUUUAAUAUCUGUUUUGUGACAGUGCUGCAUGUUAAAACCACUCGGCUAAUAAACCUGAUCUGUGUGCAGAUGGCCGGCCUGUGCUGGAUGGCUCUGGCCUUCUUCCUGUCUGCUGGAGACAGUUUGGCUGCUGUGGACCAGAGCUGGCUCGCAAGUGUCAUAGAAGGCAUCAAGAAUGAGUAUGCACUCGGUGACACCUUCAGUCUGGCUGUGAACGUCCCACAGAACCAAGACAUAAAUGAUCUUCAGCAAGUCUUUCAGGAUGAUCCAGCAGACAAAGUGAAACAAACGGUUUCACAGGGUCAAGUGUACCGGGGCACACGGGUGGUGGCAGCAGCACAAUCACAGGCAGUGUCACGUGUUCUAGAAAACAUACAACCCUUCGUUAAAAGCAGUCAGGGCAAUUUCCUCAUCAUCUACUCUGAAAAAUCCCCAUGUGGCCCGACGUGUACAACAAAUGCAAAUGAUGACAGUACCUCUGGCGAGAUAAACGACAUCAUUCAGAACUGGAGUGGUUAUGCGUUUGUGUUUUCUAGAGUAGUCAAAGUUCCUGCUGCAGACACGUCUCAACUGUCUGAAUCCUUUAAACGACUUGGGAUUUCUAAACUUGGGCUUGAUAACAUAUUCCGUUGUUAUAAACCUAGAGAUGAUCCUUUUCAGUGCAGCAGCUGCUCCUCAGGUGGAGAUGUUACACCUUCAUGUGUUGCAAACGAUGCCCAGUCAAAUCAAGAACAGGGCGUAAGUGAGUCAACAGGCACAGAAAUAGGCAUAGAAGACAUUGCAAGCGUAGAGGCGGCCGUCGGCAUGGAAGAGGUUGGAUUAGAAGACAUUGCAGACAUAAGGGAGAUUGCAAGCGUAGAGGCGGCCGUCGGCAUGGAAGAGGUUGGAUUAGAAGACAUUGCAGACAUAAGGGAGGCUGCAAGCGUAGAGGCGGCCGUCGGCAUGGACGAGGUUGGAUUAGAAGACAUUGCAGACAUAAGGGAGAUUGCAAGCGUAGAGGCGGCCGUCGGCAUGGAAGAGGUUGGAUUAGAAGACAUUGCAGACAUAAGGGAGGCUGCAAGCGUAGAGGCGGCCGUCGGCAUGGACGAGGUUGGAUUAGAAGACAUUGCAGACAUAAGGGAGAUUGCAAGCGUAGAGGCGGCCGUCGGCAUGGAAGAGGUUGGAUUAGAAGACAUUGCAGACAUAAGGGAGAUUGCAAGCGUAGAGGCGGCGGUCGGCGUGGAAGAGGUGGGUUAG